CAUCCACAGUGCUCCCAUUUUAAGUAUCAUCUUGGUCUUGGCUCAACGGCUGUUAAUCUGUGGGAAGGCGCUGCGUCUGAGUCAACUGUGAUGAAGUAGCAAAUUGGGUUUCUAAUGGAAACAUUGAGAAAGCAGAACCAAAGCUUACAUGCCCGUUAUGUCGUGGAGAUGUAAGUAAACGGGUUGUGUACUUGUAGUACAAGCUGCUCGAUGAUGUUUCAUAAACUCGAAGCCAAGGAGCUGUUCUUGCGAGACUUGUGAUUAUAUAUAGCAGAACCUACUGUGACUUGCAAGGAUUGAGCAUCCGAAAGGGAGGCCAUCAGAGGCUGAUGCUAGAACAGCGGAUAGUUUUAGGUGAUGUAAUUAGCUCUAUGCGUUCUUAUAUUUUGGGGAAGCAGAUCAGGUAAUGAAGAGGUUCUGUCCUUUGAUCAUUUCGUGUGGUUCUCGGUGUUCUUCGUGAUUCGUGUGAUUAGAACAGAGCCAGGUAGUAAUAGUGGUACUAGUAAGUAGUAACUGGUCAGGUACAUCUAGAGCUAGACCAGAGAUUGGGUUAAAAGAAGGCUUAUAUCCUCUAGAAAAUGAUGGUAGGAGCUGGUAUUCGGGUUUAAGUCCGUCUGAAGCUACAACAAAUGCAUAGGCCUUAGUCUGAUAAUGAAUACGAAGAGGAUUAGACACACUUUUGCUUUAGGUUAAUAUUGGAGAAGAAAUCUAGGGAAGCUAUUCUAUGAUUAUUGUUAAAGGAGUUUGAAUAAAUGACUUUUCAUGUUCAUUUUAAUUACGUCAAUGGAAUUUUGGCAGAAUGAUAUCCUGAAUGAAAGGUGUAUUAUUCUUUUGCUUUUUACUCAUUUCCAUUUAGGAACGAUAGGGAACAAGAUCUUGUGUGUGAACAAAUAUUUGCAUCAUUAUAGUUUAUCAGCAAAAACCCACAUAAGUCAAAAACGGUGCCUAGGCUUGGGAUAAAGGGCCAAGAAGUAAGUUUCUUACAAUUGGGUCUUUACAAAUAUAAUGAGUAAUAACUAAUGGCCCGGCCUCGCCUCUAUAUUUUAGGGCUUUUCUUCUGUUUAAAUUUCUCACUUCUUUUCGACAUAUAGAGGAGGCAGAACGAGAACAAUAUGGAAUUUUUAUUGGCCUUGUCGUUAUAUGUACCAUAUAAGUAUGAGCAAGGAUUAUAUAUACUAAGGUGUAUACCUUUACCCAUAAUGUCCCCUCAAGCUAUAGUCCUCUUGCUUCCAUGCUCAUUUUCUCAUUUCUAGAGAGAUAAACUGUUAAAAGAGAUCUCACAGAGCUUCUCUAAGUAUCUCCAUUCUUCACUCUUUAAGUCUUUAUCCUUAGCUUCUUCCCUUCUGUCUUUGCCGUACUCAUGAGAGCUGAGGAUAGCAACGCUUUGGAUCUCAAUAACUUACCUGAUGAUCCAUCUAGAGACUUUUUCCCAUUCUUCGAAGAAGGCUCUUCUUCCUCUUCUCCUGGAGGGUUUAGAGAGAAGCAAAUCAAAGAUGAUCAAAAAGAGUACCAAUGUAGAUUUUGUUCACUAAAGUUUUUCAAAUCUCAAGCUCUCGGUGGCCACAUGAACCGCCACCGCCAAGAGAGGGAGACGGAGUCACUUAACAAAGCUCGUGAACUUGUUCUUCGCAACGAUACAUUUCCUCCUCAUCAAGGACCUCCGUCAUUUAGUUAUCAUCAAGGAGAUGUGCAUAUUGGAGACCUAAUAACACCAUUCAAACCAAUGAUGUAUCCACCAAGAUUAUUCUCCCCCUCCUCUCUUCUUCCCCCGCCACCACCACCAGUUGUGCAACCUUAUAUGUAUCCACCACCUCCUGCUCGGCGGCCGUCAUCCUUUCCUCCCCGUCACACCAACGACUACUAUUUGUACAACAAUGGUACACAUCACCAAACCCUAACCAAUAGCGGUUGCGGUGGCCGUGCACCGCCUGACUCGAGCUACUCUUUCAUUGGUGCACCCGUGGCUAAUGGCUCUAAAGUUGAUCCUCCUAUUUCGCACCCUCUACCUCCACAUCAUGGGAUAUAACUAAGAAAAUGGAAAAAAUAGUUAAAUUUUCUCCAUUGAAUGUUAGAUUUUUUUACCUAUAUAGUUUUGUCGGAUUACUGAAAGAGACAUGACAAAGCAAUUGAUGGUGACAAAAAAGUGAACUGCUCCCUUCUCCAAAAGCAGACCAUUAUCGUUUUAUGUUAUUUUUCGGAACAUUAUAUACAUUUUUGAAACAAUAGUUUCGUUUUUAUGUUUGAUUUGUUUGCUAGUCAAUUUUCGUCGUCACGUUAUACGUAGACAUAUGGUAUAAACAAUUUGAAUUUGAUAAAUUUGUUUCUUCUGCACCUUUUUCUAUUAGGUACUAGUAUUUUAGCUGAAAAGUAGACGUUGUC